AACAGAUUUUCAAAGGACGUAGGCACUAUGGAUGAAUUACUACCCAAAACAAUGUUAGACGCGGUCGGGAUAUUUUUUAGAGUUUGCGGAGUAAUGAUCCUGGAGGUGAUAAUUAAUCAAUGGAUACUGAUACCGAUAGUAAUUUUGAUCGUUUUAAUUUUCUUCGCGACAAAAUACUUUGUAAAAGUUGUUCGGGAUAUCAAACGUCUCGAAGGUGUAAUGAAAA